AUGGAAACAGGUUCUCCCAGAGAAUUUUAUGCUCCUUCCCCCGAAUCCCUCUCGUUGUGUCGGUGGUCCCUUCCGCUUCUACUUGCCGCUGCGGCGCUGCACCGAGCACCGUCGGCACCGAGAAGCCGGCUUCUGGAACCCAGCCACAACUGGCUACAAAUCGGCCGCCUCCGGCAAUUCCUUUACCGAGUCCAAGCCGAACCAAGAACCCUACCGACGAAAAGGGGCCACCUCCUGCGGUUCUUUUCCCCUGUCCCAGCCUCGCAGGACGAACCGAGGUCAAAGCGUGCUUCCUCAGGGCCUCGCAACUCUUCUUCCGCCGCUUCUGAUCCCGAGACAAAGCCCAAUCGCCCUUGGCACCCUAUCCUUGGUGCUCUGGUUCUUAUUCCACGGCGUUGCCUUGAAAACGAGGGGAUUCUGUUUACUGUUACAAUCUGCGAAAAGAUGGUUAAGAAGAAACCCGUCUGCGAGGAAGGUGACAAUGAGUGCUCCAAUAAAAAAAAGUCUUCUUGCUCUUCUGUUCCUCAUUUCCCUUGCUAUCCUCGUCCAGUUCACCCUUCUUUCUUCAAGAUCAUGAUUGGGGAUUUCCAAGAGUUCUUGUUCAUACCCCCAGACUUUACCCAAAUUAUGGUUGAUUUAGUCGAUAAGAAUGUGUAUCUAAAAACUUCUCUCGGAAGUUGUUUUAAAGUUAAACUCUCAGUUGUUGCUAAAUCCUUGGCAUUUAAAGAUGGCUGGCCUGAUUUUGUUUUGGAUCACUCUAUUGCUGCUGGGGAUGUUUUGGUGUUCACAUAUUUCGGCGAAUCCUUGUUUGCUGUUGACAUUUUUGGCAUUAAUACUUGUGAAAAGGUUUACUUUGGUAAAACAGAUGGAAAUAUUCUCAACAAAAAGAAGAAAGAGAAAACUAGCACAUCUCUUCGGAGGCCACAGCUUGUCAAGCGUCAGAAAUCUUUUGAAGCACCUAGUUUUAAGAAAGAUUCACUAGAGAAGACUGAUCCGCCGAGUACUGACAAAAAUGUUUCUGAAUCUCUUGGUGGAACAGAGGUUCACUUUGGCAAAGUUGCUGACAAUCUCUGCUCCAGAAAGAAUCGAAGGAAGGUCGAUUCCUCUCUUGAAAGGCCGCUUAAGAAACCACAUUUUCUUGAAGCUUCAAAUGCUAAGAAAACAUCAGAGCAGAUAAAUGAUCCUACAAUUUCUGCCAAUCAUUCUGCUGAAUGUCUGGUGCAGAAUAAAAAUGAGUCUGGAAACUCUGCCCAAGAUAUUGAAAUGAUGGAUGAUCCUGAUUAUGGUUGUGUAGCUAAAAACCCAGAUACAGUUGAAAAGAAACCUAAAUUUCCUCCCCCUCGUAGCUGUGGUUCUGGAAGUCCUCGAGAUAUUGAUGUAAUUCAAAUAAACAAACCAUCAGCCAACAUGAUCCGCGGAGAAGUUCCAAUAGAAGAUGAAGUAAGAGGACAUUCUUUUGUAGAUGAAACAAAUAAAAAACAGAUUUCUGGCUGCUGGGAUGUCAUCCUUGUUACUCCUGAGGUAGAUGUUUUGCGUCCAUCUGACAUAAAUGAGAUAUGUUAUCUAGGAGAAAAUGAAUACGACUAUCUUCAUGAACCCAAUGUGAUGAAUGCAAUUGCAUCUGACAAGAUUGAUGGCAUAUUUCUUCUCACAGAGGAUGGUGUAUGCCACAUUGUAGAGGAUGAUAUAGAAAAUGGACAAUGCAAAACUAACAUAAUCGAGAAAUAUCAUGUAGGAGAAAAUGGGAAUGGUAUAGCGGGGAUAAAUACAAUUGCAGCUGAAGAGGUUGUCUGCAAAUUUCUUAUUACAAAGGAUGGAAUAUGCCAUAUUGUAAGUGAAGAUACAACACAUGGUCGAGGUGCUGCCACAAAUGCCAAUGUAACUGGUAAUAGCAUGGGAUGCCUUGACACUGUUAACACACCUAGAGAUGCCUCAUCUACCCAUGAAAGUUCUCCAGCAGUUAAUUCCCUUGCACCUGUAAUUCAACAUAUUAAUGAUCAAACGGCUAACAGAAUAGUUGUGCACACAAAGAGGAGUAGAACUGGCUGUUCAGACACAAAACCACUUACUUCGUUGUUAGAUAGUUUUGGAGGCAACCAUCAGGAUAUGCCUUAUAUGACUACUGAAGCAAAUCGGUCGGAUAAUAACCUUCAGGAUAUACCUGAUAGGACUGUGACAGCUAAUCCAUCUGCAGGAAAGGCAUCUGAUAUUCUGCUAGAAGUGAAUGGGGAAGAGGAUGAAUCUUGCCUAAGAAGCCAUGAUCCUAAAUCUGCAGAGGUGAAACCUACAGGCUUGGAUGGUGUUUUUUCGUUAAGUGCUCCGUGUUUCAGCUUAACUCUAUCGUCCAACUACCAGUUCUACAUUGUAAGUUAACUAACAUAUUGAGUGGUGAUUUUUUAUUUCUUUACUUUGAAUUAUAUCUGAAAAUUCAUUGCAAUACUCUCUCCUUUUUCUGUGAAUCAUCUUGAAGUGGAAAGAAGAAUUAAUGCCAGGUUGACCUUUAUGAAAGCAGACAUUUAGUAAGCUAGUCCAUAACUGUAACUGUUCUAUUUUACUCUGCCAACUUUUGGCCCAUGUUGACCGAGGUUCAGAAUCUCAUUCUGG